CGCAGGCAGCGCGGCAUCGCAGGGGGCGCGGCCGACGCGACCUUGACCCAUCGAAACAUAUUAGGCUGGCAUCACCAGACACACUCAGCAGGAUUCGACAGCGCCUCCAUCGCCGUGAAAAUGGCACAAGGUCACAAAGAUUACUCUGCGCCUGUAACACCGUUGAAAUCUUCGACUAACAUCGAAUUGGACAGUGUAUUCAGUAAUGCGAAGACAAGCUUCCUGGCCACGCUGACACCGGAGGAACGACGCAGUUUUUCUCCCUGCAAAUCCGCCGACGAGCUUCUUACAGAUAUUCGGGCCCUCAACCACCUACCCAAAGCUCGGAGAGGACUGCCUAUGAUGACUAAGAUUCAUAGAUUUAGCGAAUGCUUGUCGCCAUACUUUAAAGUUAUCGAGAUCGUCUGUCAGUCCAAUCCUGAGUGGUCUUGUGUGGCUUGGGGCGCCUUUCGCCUUGUUCUCCAACUUGCCUCGAAUUUUUCUACAUUCUUUGAAAAGUUGACUAAGUUGAUUGAGAAGCUCACAACGAGGCUACCUCACUAUACGGAGUACUAUGAGUCAGUCAUUUUGACCCCCAAGUACCGUGUCUCGCAUAGACUUUCAGAUUCCUUGAUGCGAUUUUAUGUCGAUAUUCUCGAUUUCUUUCAGGCAGUAGGCGGCGUAUUCACAAAGCCGUGCGGGAAACUCAAAAGAACACCCGUAGUUAUUGCUGAGCUAAUGUGGUGUCCUUUUGAAACUCGCUUCCAAGAUAUUCUUGAGCGAAUGAACCACCAUCAGUCUGUCCUCAAAGAUGAACUGCAACUAGCGUUCAUGCAGACUAUGCAACACAAGAUGGAUUCCGAACAGAAGGAAGCUGAACGGGCCCGGCUGGAAUCAGACCUCGAGCGGAAAAGAGCCGAAGAUGCGCGCUUGGAAGCGCAUAGAAAUAUCAAACUCACGAACGAUAUCAAAGAACUGUUUUCUGAGCAUGCGCAACGCGCAUUUCGUGCCCAAGUCGUAACCUGGCUUGCACCCCCGCACUUUAAACAGAACUUUGAGAAUGCACUGGAGGCGCGAGAGGAAGGUACCGCAGAGUGGCUUUUUGAAGAUCCAAAAUAUAGGAGAUGGGACUCCAUGUCAGCCAGUAGGAGCGAUAGUCUUUCGGAUUGCAUGCUCUGGAUCCAAGGAAAUCCAGGCUGGGGCAAAAGCGUCAUGGCUGCUUCAACUGUCGAGGAAUUGGAAUCCAAACAAGCAUCAAACGGGACCGAACCAGUCAUAUGCUAUUACUUUUUUAACGAGGAAGAUACCGCGGCGGCCUCUUUUGCUCGCACUAGAGUUUAUCGGGCGAUUGCAUCCCAAAUAUUUCAGAGAUGCCACGGUAUGGAAGAGAUCCACAACAUUUACGCACUCGCGAAUGAUGGAAGCAACUCUGUAGCUUCGGAGCACGAACUUCGGGAUAUACUCAGCAUGAUCAUUCCACUGCUAUCGGAAUUCUAUUUAGUCUUGGAUGGUCUGGACGAAAUGUGCGACGUAGACAAGUUUUUGGCUGAUCUCCGCGGUCUGUGCAGGGCAUCUUCGGCGAAACUUGUAAUGUUCAGCAGACCCCAUGUAGCCCCUCUUCGCGACAUUCUUUCCUCGCAUCAGACCAUAACUAUGAUCCGGAGCAUAAUGAGCGUUGACAUACAUGUAUUUGUCAAACAUCAAAUCGCGGACCUCAACGAACGAAAUAAGUUCCCGGCAGAUACAGACCUACUCUCGGUAGAGAAUCAGAUUGUAGAACGAGCCGAUGGGAUGUUCCUGUGGGCAAGGCUGAUGAUUGGCUACUUGAGAUCUCCCGCUCUAACCAAGUCGCAAAGAAUGUCAACCAUCUUCAAGACCACACCCAUCGGCUUGCGCCAAAUGUACGACAGGAUAUGUGACCAGAUCAAAUCCAUGGACCACCCUAGCCAGCAGCUUGCACUUACGACCUUUAACUGGAUAACUUACGCCCAAAAGGACCUGACGGUUGAAGAGUACAGCGAGGUGGUGUAUUGCGAAACGCAGCAAGAAGAUCUGGCAGAAAAGAAGCAGUUCAUAGACAAUUCUGUCAUUGUUGUAUGCUGUGGCCUGAUUGAGAAACGUCAUGACAACAUUCUGCGGUUCGUUCAUCUCACUGCUAAGGAACAUGUUCUUUCCGAGGAGUCCAAAGUAAUGAGCCACAUUCUAUCGCCUGCCUCAGAAGCACACGCUGAAAUCGCAAGCCGGUGUCUGUCAUACUUGCUCUACUCUAUUCCAGCUCAGCCACUAGCAGGACGUCUAUCUAGUCCAGCCAGUUCGACUUUGCUCCAAGAAGAAUGUCCCCUUCUAUCAUAUGCAGCACUGUACUGGCCGAAACACACGCUUGAAAGUAUCGAAUCCACUCGGGCGUAUACUACAAGGCCAGAAAGACGCGAUGAGGUAGCAGAAAUGUUCAACCUGAUCGACAGAUUUUUGAACCACCCAGGCAACAUCACAGUCUGGAUUGAAGCUUCCUAUCUAUUCGGAAAUGGCGUUCCCCUAUGUACAGUGUUGGAUAUUCCGUCUGAGCUCCCCGCGUCCUCCAGCGAACCUACAGACUUUGGCGAGUUUUACCCGACUCUGAAAACUUUAGGAUUGUUCAAGAAAGAUGUAGAGCAGAUCAAUAAGCACUGGAGAAGUAUCCUCAAGGAAUGGCCACACCGAAUCUGGGGCGACGUUUCCUCCUUCACCAAAAGCCAAUUCCUCGCCCAGAAUCAGACGGACGCCAUCGCAACGUUCGCGCCUUCUCGAGAAGAUCACCCGACUAAGCAAGUAGAUCCCAUUUUUUGCAUAGCAUCGAAAAACAGCAGUUCUACCAUGAUUGGAAAGCUGACUAUCUUCCCUUCCAUCGCUUUCGAGGAAGUGUGGAGAAGUAAACCUGUGAAAUAUGAAGAAAACUGGUUUGAGUCCUUCGACGACACACGACUUCUGGAGCUCUGCAGUGGGUGGUCCGGCCAAUACCAGAUCCAUCGAAUUGGAGAAGAGAACGAAACGCUACUCUCAGAGCAUUUCUCUCUAAGCCCUGACGAGAUCCGUCUCCAGAUGCAGUUUUCGUUCAGGCUUUCCGUAGUGAGAGCCUGGAAGUUCAAGUUUCCAAUGGCUAUAAGCUCGGAUCUGAGCACCAUUAUCAUCUUGAGGACUUUCAUUACAACCAAUCCAGCUUUCCAGAGGUCGAAUAAGCAGGACAGAAUCCUCACGGAUGUCGCGAAAUUUGACGGUUCCGAGCGUCUGUGUCGCACAUGGUCUAAAAAGGCCAUCAUGCCCACCCUGUCCUACUUUUAUGAAUGGGCAUUCAGUAGCGACAAUUCUUAUGCCAUAUUCAGAGAUUGGGAUAUGCAUACUUCUUUCGGCUCUUUGGUCACAUUUCGUCUGGAACGGACCUACUCGAGAAUCCAAAGUCUUUUGGUAGAGGGCCAGGAAUUAGAAGGAGUUACCAGGCUGCCACUUUUUGCAAUACACCCUGUUGACUUGAAGUUUAUGACACUUCACAGUCACAGGUUAAUAUUCAGGGACAUCAGGACAGGAAAAGAGUUUUACGCGCAUCCACCAAACCCGUUUGAUUGCAGCAAUAUCGAGUUCUCCCAGUGUGGCAAAUAUUAUGUCAUAAAGUUCGGAGAUCAAUCCCAUCCACACAUUUUCCCCGUUCCGUGGCAGGUUACAGAAGACGACAUGUCCAACCCGGCAUCUCCUCCACAAAUAAGUCUCAAAAAGAAGCGCAAGCUCGAGCAUACCCCGACGGAUUCUUUCGAAAUGAUGAUUUCCAGCGCUAACGGGUCAUACAAUGUCGAUAGCUCAUCUACCAUAGUAGAUCCCGAAGCUAACAUGGCCUUGUCCAUAUCGCCCGCGCACACCGAAGAACUGGGAUACUCUCACGGCAUUCAACUUACACGGCUUGACACUGAGUCGGGAACCAAGUCCUCGUGCACUCUUGUGACUAUUCCGGAAACAACGGAUCCCAGAUACACGAAAGCAACGGUCACACUAUUGGACAGUGAACGAGACACCAAACGAGUUAGGAUAGUGCUCACGCCUGAGGUUCACAGCACGUAUGAGUCGGAUGUGCCAACUAUCUCGUCUCAUUUACCUGCUAUCAUUGAUCGUGAGACGUCGACUUUGAUUCCUGGCCCAGAGCAGAAAUAUAUCGCGCAAUGA